UCCAGCCACUCCGCCCCAAACCUGUAGCGUUGCCUGGGGUUGUUGUGGCCAAAGUGCAGGACCCAGUGUUUGGUCUUGCUGAAAUCAAUGCAGAAGGCAAGUUUUGGCAUUGUUUUUGGCAUUAUUGUGGCAUACAAGCUCCUUUUGCUAAGGCUGAGGUGGCAGUAAAAUUGUUGUAGUGCUGCUGAUUGGACUAGAUGUCCUUUAAGGGUUCCUUCCAACUCAAACGAUUCUAUAAUUAUGACCUUCUAAAGGAAUGGGAAUAAUGUCACGGCCUUACAUUCAGGAGAGGGGUGUUCUCAUUUGGGGGUUUCUGGAGCACCUAUCUGCUGCCAUCAUCUUAUUCUUUUCUUAUUCUAACCUAGCCUAGAGAAAAAGAUGUGAUUCUUUCCAACUGUGGACUGAAAUACCCAGGAGAAGGAAGGGGGAGCUGCAUCAGACAACAGAGAGUAGUGUUUACUGCAGACCUGAAUUUGAGAGGUUCAGAAGAAGAGGUUUCUUUGCCAAAGUGGCUGUCUUGAGAGCAGUCUCAGGUGCUGGCUGCUGCCUAACAGUGACAAAAGGACAUAUAUCAAUAUAUGGUUGAGUGGAGCCUUAGAAUUUCAAGUGCUUUUCAGGACUUGACUCAAAUUCAUUGGCUUUGCAGUCUCACUGGACAUCAGUGGAACCAAAAUAACUAAACUACCCUGGUGUUUUCCUCUGUAAGCUGGGACGUGUCACACCUUUCCUUAAAAGAUUCAUCAUUCUUUGACAAAGCCUGCCUGGAGGGCAGCUAAGAUAAGCACAUCUCUCUUUCCUCUGUCCCCACUUCUGUCUCCAGUGAGCCGACAUUUUUGGAAGAGGAGGGCAGUGUUUGUGUGGCUCAGGUGUCAAAGGCUGCAGCAGUCAACUUAAUACAUUUUACUUUAAGUUUGAAAUCCAGAAAGAAAAAGAAGAAUACCUACAGUGGUCUUAUCUUUGAGCAUGGCUCCAAAGACGAUGCAGAAAAGCUUUAGGCUGAAAAAGUGACAAAUGGCUUUUUCUCACCAGUGGUUCUGGCAGAGGCAGAUAGCUCAUACUCUGCAAGCACUCAUCGUUGCUGAAGUAUUAUCUGCUCUCAGAGAGAUUCCAAGUUCAGCCCAGUUCUGCAGGCAAAUCUCCCAAAAGUCAUUUAGAAGACAGCUGGGAGACGAAGCUGGGCAAAUUCAGGUAAGAAAUGAGGCAUGUAUUUUAAAAGUCAGAAUGACUCACUAUGGCAUGGAGGGUUCUCAUCCUAAACAUCAGUUCUUAUCGUGAGUAGGCACCUUUCUGGAAGAGCAGCUUCAGCCAAACCCAAGAUAUUAAGACCAGAAAUCUAGGAGACAGUGACAGAUGAGAUGUCAGAUUGCUGCUGGUGGUCCCUUCUGGCCUUCAGCUCAGAAUAAAAGCUUGAAGACUGCUAUAAGUAGCAAGCAGUUGCCUUGACGAUGGUCUUGGCAGUCACCCCCCUGUUAAAAAAAAACCCAUCAUCAUUCUCUUUGGCAGGACUGGAUAUUUUGGUCCCUAUAAUUAAGGAAAUAUAAUGUAUUUGUACAAAUAUAUUUGGUCUAAUUACUCAGAACACAUUUUGCAUAGCUCUAAACUAUUGUAAUAAAGAUGGCAAGGUGAUAUUAGGCUGCUUAGAGCUUUCCUGUUUUGAGUUGUCAUGGGCAAAUAUAUCUUCAAUACCCUUGCCAGGAACAGAGGGAGCAGACGGUGCUGCUGCUUCAAACUGUGGAAGUGAGAGGUUUUGUGCACAAGACAUCUCUUCCAGGGCACUGAUGUUUCCUGCUUGUCCUUUUGUAGGAAGAUCCGCAGCUAUUAUUUCUUAACCAGCAGACCCAAUUUCAUUUCAGAUACUGGAAGCUCUUCAACUCCAGGCAAGGAGUGGGUGGACUAAAACUGCUAUUACACUCAGCCUGGCAAAAGAAAUGGGGCUCUUUCUUCUCCCACGUUCGCCAGCAACUGCUGACAUCAACUUGGUUGUCUGUGAUUUACAGCAGUAAUACAGGGAGGAUAACAGAACCCUUACGUUUAAUGGGAUUGAAGUGCAGGUGGCCAGUCCUGUGCAUGGGUGAGGCAGUGCUUCAAGGUGAUGUAUGAGCAGCAUUGGCUAAUUAAAACUCAUGUCCUAAUGGUAGGCAGUAUUAUUUUUGUUCUCUGUGAGAGAGCAGGAAGCUGAGUGAGAAGAUGCUAAGCAGUUGAAGGUCUUGUAAACUGUGUCCAUCCAGGUGCUCCUCCUUUAGCACUCAUGCUGUUUUGUUUCAGCAUCAUUGCCAGCAUCCAUGUUAGGCAUCUAGUGUAUAGACAGGAGACAGUAACAUCUUUAUCUUGUCUAGCAGAGAUAAAAAAACUUGAGAUAUCCUGCUGAUAAAAAUUCUGCUGGUGGAUCUAUUUUUUUUUCUCCCAACAGCAACACAGGAAAAAAAAAAAAAAAAAAAAGGAAGGAAUAGGAAAAGAGAUGCUAUAAUAGACGAGACUCGGCCUAUGGACUUCUGCCUCUGUGCUGUACGAUCAGAUCACUUAGUGCUUUGUAGGUCAAAAUCAACACCUCCGAUUUUCCUCUGUAUUUGAUAGUCUGAGCAGGUCUUCCUGCAUUGGUUCCCUACCUGCCCUUUCAGAAACUGACUGCUGAAUCCAGCAUCAGCUCCAGUUGCUGGAUACAGACAAAGCCUGGCACUGCAGUGCCUCAAUGAAAAGCAUUCGUGUUUCUUAGAGCUGUAUGGUAGGAGUUAUGUCAGGGAGUCUCAGUAUUCACUCUUAAGCUCUCUCUGAAGUAGUUACAUUUGAACAAUAUGGGGUAAGUUGCUGAAUUUGGGGAGUCAGAGUCAAGAAUGGAACCUCUUUCUUGCUACAACCACUAAACUACAGCACAGUAAACUACAGCAGGUGUCAAAUGAAAAGUAAUGUUUUGUUUCUUUUGCUAGCAGGAUCCUUUGUUUUUCCUUUAGCUGGACCUUGUGAAAGCAGUGUGAAGACCAAAGCAAGAGAAAACCACUAGAUUCAGGAGCCAUGGAGCUUCCCAGCUACAGCAAGCAGCUGCUGCAGCAGCUGUACACUCUUUGCAAAGAACAGCAGUUCUGCGAUUGCACCAUCUUUGUUGGGACUGUUCACUUCAGAGCACACAAGGUUGUUUUAGCUGCUGCCAGCCUGCUUUUUAAAUCUUUGUUGGACAGCACAGACACCAUUUCCAUUGAUGCUUCUGUGGUGACACCUGAGGAGUUUGCAUUGUUGCUGGAGAUGAUGUAUACUGGCAAGCUCCCAACAGGGAAACACAACUUCACCAAAGUCAUCUUUGUGUCAGAUAGUCUGCAGAUGUUUGAUGUGGCUGUUAGCUGCAAAACCCUACUGAGAGACCUCAUCAGCUGUUCAACUCAGGAUCAGGUAGAAGUCUCUGCCCAUGCAGCAGACUCAUCUGGAAGCAGUGCUGAAGCAGAUAACCUGCCCCAAUCUGAAAAACCUGCUGCUGAAGGAAAAACAGAUGCCCUGCACCCUUCUGGCCCUGGAGGAGCAGAGAUGGAAGCAGAUAUUUCUCUUCCUGAGCAGGAGCUGACUGUGAAUCACACCUGGCUUCACCAGGAUGUGAUGCUGAGCAGCUCGGGGUCCCUUCGAGAGGAUUCAGGCUCUUGUGCUGCCCAGCCUGCCUGCACAGAGUGUGGUUGCUGUGUCGAAGUGGAGCCUGCUGAGCCUCUGGAGAAGAAAGGAAGAGUGAGCGGUUUAGCAGCAGAGAGCAAAAGCUGUAAACUGGAUUUCUUUCUUCAAUAUGAAAGUGUUUUCUCAGAGGCCCUUUCUGAUGCCCAAGCCGUGCUGAGAAGACUAGAAGAGUGCAGAGAAAUUGAUGCCUCUCAAAGGGAGGUUGUGCUCACCUGUCUGGCAGAGGCAGGGGAACAGUCAGUGUUCACGAAACUGUUGAGCAAAGUGAAGGAUGCUCACACUCUGAAUGCUCAGACCCUUGUGUCUUUACUGAAGCUGUUUCAAGAUGUGAAUCCCAAGCUGAGAGUGGCCUUGCUGGAGAGGGAGCAGGGCAGUGGAGAGGUCCUGCAGCAAACAGAGAGUGCAGAAGAGGGAGAGAUGCUGACCGCUCGUUUGCUGGGAUGCAAGGAGGAGCUAAUCCAGAGCGUGACACAGCUGAGCCCCAUUGUAGAGUUCUUGGAGGCAGCAGAAGAGGGAUUCCUGACCACCACGGAGAAGCGGGUAGUUUUGAAUUGCUGUGAGGGCAAAUCCCAGAGGGAAGCCAUGGACAGUCUGCUCAAGAAGGUGGAAGAGGAGAAAACCCUGAAAGCUGAAAGUUUGGUCAAGCUUCUCAGGGCUGUGAAAGCAUCAUUCCCUGGUCUCCAUCUUUUACUGGACAACUUGGAGGUAAAAGCAAACAUCUCUGAUGGCAAAGCCAAAUGGAGUUUGGAGGAUUAUGGAGCCCAACUGCUGAGACGAUACCAAGAAAGGUUAGUGGAGCACCUCAUGGACACUCAGACACUGCUGCGUGGCAUUUCUGCUGCACAGAGCCUGGCUCCUGCUGACAGAGAGGCAAUGGAACAGAUUGUGAAGUGUGAGACCGGCUCAGGUGGCUUCAUCUCACUCGUGUCUGCGGCGCUGGAGGAGCAGUCUCUGUCUGUUUCUGUGGUCUGGCAGCUGCUGCUGGCUGUGCGAGAGGCCGAGCUGCCGCUGAACAUGCUCAUGGAGGAGAUCCAGAAAGAACCGGGCGCAGAGCUUUUCUUCCAAGCAGUUGCCACCAGUGAAAGCACAGCCAUCGAAAUCAUCCUGCGGCACAGUGAGCUCAUCUCAGAGGCCAUUAAGCAGAGAGCAAACAUGGAGGGCUUGGCUCCAGGGGAAGCAGGACUCACAGAAGCAGUGAAAGAGCUACUGAGUAUUUCUGCUCAAAAGGAAAGCUCAGAGGCCUCCUUGAAAGCAGCUUUGAGUACGGCACAGGAGAAGUCUGUUCCAGCCAUCAAGAUCUGUCAGCUGCUGUGCAAUGUCCAUGAGUCUUUCCCAGACUUGCAGCCAGUGAUGCAGGAGCUAGGGCAUGUGGGGCUCUUGACUGAGGGAAGUGGAGAGAAACCUGGAAUCAGGAAGUGGAAAGUGAACAGUGAAUCCCAAGUGGAAGCUCUGGACAAAGAAGAGGACAAGGCAGGAGGUGCUGCAAUCAAGGAACCGAAGGAACCGCAAGAGAAGGCAUCUUCCAAGAGGGAUUUCAUCUGCAAAGCCUGUGAGAAGAGCUUCCACUUCUACUGCCGCCUGAAGGUGCACAUGAAACGUUGUCGGGUGGCCAGAGGAAAGCAAAUCCAGUGUAAGGAAUGCACUGAAGUCAAAUCGACAAAGAAGGAGCUGGAGAAGCAUCAGCUGGAGGUCCAUGGAGAGGUGGGCAUGUCCAAGAAGAAGAAGAAGCGUCUUCCUGUGACUUGUGACAUCUGUGGCAGAGAGUUUGCUCAUGCUUCAGGGAUGCAGUAUCACAAGCUGACAGAGCAUUUUGACGAAAAGCCCUUCUCCUGUGAGAAAUGUGGGGCCAAGUUUGCAGCCAACUCCACGCUGAAGAAUCACCUGCGGUUGCACACCGGGGACCGGCCCUUUGUGUGCAAGCACUGCCUGAUGACCUUCAUGCAGGCCUCAGCCCUCGCCUAUCACACCAAGAAAAAGCAUUCUGAGGGGAAGAUGUAUGCCUGCCAGUACUGCGACGCUGUGUUUGCCCAGUCCAUCGAGCUCUCACGCCAUGUUCGAACCCACACAGGGGACAAGCCGUACGUCUGCCGGGAGUGUGGGAAGGGCUUUCGCCAGGCCAAUGGGCUCUCCAUCCACCUCCGGUCCUUUCACAACAUUGAAGAUCCCUACGACUGCAGGAAGUGCCGGAUGAGCUUUGCCACCCUGCAGGAACACCGCAAGCACAUCCACGAAGUCCACUCCCGAGAGUACCACCCCUGCCCCGACUGCUCCAAAGUCUUCAGUGCCCCAUCCCUCCUGGAGCGCCACAUGGUGACCCACAUUGGAGGAAAGCCCUUCAGCUGUGGCAUCUGCAACAAAGCUUACCAGCAGUUGUCAGGGUUAUGGUAUCACAACCGGACCCACCAUCCUGAUGUCUUUGCAGCUCAGAAUCACCGCUCCUCCAAGUUCUCUUCCUUGCAGUGCAGCUCCUGUGACAAAACCUUUUCCAGCACUGCUGCUCACCGAAGGCAUGUAAAGGCAGAGCACUCAGAUGUGAAGUUCCAUGACUGUGAGAUGUGCAAGGAGCAGUUUCCCACACUGGCUCUCCUGCAGGUCCACAUGAAGUACCAGCACUCAGGGGCCCUGCAGCACCACGUCACCACUGAGCACUUCAAGCAGGCAGAGAGCACCUUCACGUGUGGGCUCUGUGGGGAGCUCUUCACCUCCCAGGGUGAGCUGGAAGGGCACUGCAGCGCUGAGCAUCCCAAGGUCAUCUUCACAGAGGCCCAAGCCACCACAGCCCAGGUUGUACAGGUGAUUCAGACGUCAGAGCAAGGAGCAGCAGAACACAUCAUCUCUUUUGAUGAGGCCCAGCUCACUGGCUCCCAAGUCUUUGUGACGUUGCCUGAAUCCCAAGCAAGCCAAGCUGGUUCGGAGCUGGUGACGGUGUCUAUGGAGGAUUUGUUUGAUGACAAAGUUACUCUGAUUUGUGAAGAAACCAAGUGAUAGUGAGCAGUGGGUGCUCAUGUGUGGCACCUGGUGUGCACUGGACUGGUUCUGGACCAUACCUGGGCAUGCUUCUCUGACAAGGGAGGUUCAGAUUUGGGAUGUUUAUUUGUAUUUUUGGGAAAGCAACCCCAUAUAUCUGACCCUGACAAAAGAAAUGAUGUGCAGCAAAGACUGAACAGGUUUGUAGACAUUCAUAAGGCACUAACAAAGUUAUUUGUGUCUCAGAGCAGAACAUGGGAUGUUGCUUUGCAGAAUGCAUUCAUGUACCUGCUGUAAAGCUUCUUUGGUGCUGGGAGAAUGCAACAUUCAUUGUGGCCCCUUUAAGACUAAAUUUCAUCAAGUCUUUUUUCUUUUUUUUAAUCUGCAGUUUCCUAAAAUAUAAUCUGAUAAUUAAUGGUUUGCUGAAUCCAUUAUGAAGUGCAAUUAGAUAGAUGCAGAGUUCCUGCGGCUCGGAGGGGACCGGUAGCAUUUAUCUUCCUUUCCCUAGUGCCAAAAGGUUGAACUCUGCCACUGCAAUAUUUACAUACGGAGCGGUGAUCCCUGCCACAGCCCUGCGGUGAGCAGCGCCUGCUUCAUCACACAGCCCAGAGGGUGAACAGAUUGAAGUUUUCCAGGAGGUUUUUGUGACAGCGUGAUAGUUGGUCAUUCCCGUUCCAGCUCGAAUUGUGGAAGCAAACAGCAAGGAAUGUGGUUUGUCCCCAGGGCUUUGCUGUGACAGCGGAAAGGAGGAAGUGUCACUCCCACUGAAAUCAGGAAUGACCAGGAGAUGGUGCUCAAGGUCUUGAGUAGUGCCAGCGGACAGGUGUCUGCUCCGCCGAGAGCCAGCCCUGCUGCACUGUGCUCCAUCAGCUCCUGCCAGGCUGAAGUUCAGCCCCAGGCCCUGCGAAUCGCUGCAUAAAGAAGAGCUUGGAGCUGGAGGGGCUAAAACACAGAUGCUGCUGGGGUGAAGCAGUGAGUCUGGCACCCUGCACUUAGGUCGGGCUGGAGCAUGAGGUCACCCUGGAUAGCACCAUCCAAUGGUUCUUCAACCACACCAAUUAAUGAGGGAGGUACAUGGGAGCUUCACCCCUCAGCUUGUUGUGAGAGAUGGAGGUGUCCUCCAAGAGACGGAGCUUGCUCUCCUCCUGGCUGCAGUCAGGUGAGCAGAGCUGUGCUGUGGGAUUCCAGCUGCCUGCAGAGAUAAUCCCUGCCCCUCUAGCAGUGCCCAACCUGCUGUCAGGCAUGACCAUGCUUCUCCCUGACAUGCAAAUCCGCCUAUUUUUUGCCCACGGAAGCCGUGGCCAUAUGCCACCACUCCACAGCACUGCUCUCCUUGGCACAUUCACCCGCUGCACAUUGAACCCGACGUCGUUUGCUCUCAGAGCAUCCCCCGGCUGCUGUUAUUUAGUCUGGUGACAUGGGAACUUUUUCCAGCCUGCUUACAGAUCACAGUGGAUUUGGCUGUACACAGGAGUAGGUCAGGGGAUCCCUGCGGCGCACGCAAGCUUCCAUUUAUCAACACGACGUUUCCCUUGCAGCAAGAUGGGUUUCUGUUAGCAGUGAGAUCCCUCUGCAGCUCCUCUCUCCCUGGCUAACACAGAUAAUCCUCUGCUAUCUGCCACAUCUCUGUGGGGCUGUUAAACACACACAGUGCUGCUGUCCUUGCACACAGCCAAGGUAGGUUGUGAGAUUCUGCACUCCCCCAAGCAUGGGAUGCUGUCAGGGUUUUAUUAGAAGUCCAAACAAACAAAUGUGGAAGGAACAAUGCUUCUGGUGGGGCCUUGGGUGCAAGGUUGGGGCUUUGCGUGGUUGGUAUGGCUUGACUUCAGCUCUGGAGGAGAGGGAGAGAGUGUUACCAUUGCUGUAUCCAUUUGAGGCCCUCACCCAGGCUGGGGCAUUAGUAUAAUGAGAGUCCAGCUGCAUACACCCAGCUUCUCCCUGAGCAUCCUUCAGGAAAAUCAAUGAGGAAUAGGAUUAGCCAUACUGGUCCAGCGUGCUCGGGGUCUUCUCUUUGGUCCCAUGCUCCAGAGGUGAUCAUCCUUUGCUGCUCACACAAACACUGCAACAAACCUCCUGGUGGCCCCCCAGCCAUAGGUCCUGUCCAGUCUCAAGCUCUCCUCUCCUGCAGAAGGAGGCAGUUGAGAUUUGUGAGCGUUAGCUUCAUUAUUCAGCAAUUAAAACGUUCUGGCCUCGUCGCGACGCGGGAGUGCAUUAAUGAUUUAUAGCAGCAUGCUUUGAUUCGACGGCACAGGAGUGAACUUUGAGAGCGGUGAAUUCUGCUGAAAUCCCAAAUGCAGAUCCCAAAAUAUUGUCCUUUGUUGGUCUGAGCCUGUCCCAACCCUCCUAUAGCCUUCGUCAUCCUGUGCUUCUAUGGCAUGACAUGGUCAGCCAACAUGGUGGAAUGGGUUGGGGUUGGAAUGGGUGAUCUCAGGUAUCUGUUCCAACCUUAAUGGUUCUGUGGUUCCAUGAUGUGGGCAGUGGGCAUGUUGGGAUGGGUUGGCAGUAUCCCCAUUCACCUUAUUCUUCCAGUUUCCCCCAUUUCCUCCCCCAAAUCCCUAGUAUUCCCAACCCCCCCACCCCAUUUUCCCUAUUCCCUCCUGUUUCCCCUUUGCCAGAGCUGUGCCCACCCCAUGUCUGGGUGGGUUUGGAUAUCCCCAAGGAAGAGGCACCAAGGAGGAGAAGAUGGAAGAUGGGGGGGUAUGACAACAUGGGUGAUUAUGGGGGGAUGUGGGAAGCAAUUUAGGGUAAACGGGGGAUGUGGGGUGGUGUUGAAGUGUCUUUAUUGAUUUAUUACUGAGAGGAGAUUGGAUGUCCCUGUAGCCCAAAGGUGGGGUGCUGAUCACAUGACCCAUAAACUGAUAUGACCCUAUAACCCUGUACAAUCCCAUGUGACCCAUAACCCCACUGAUGCCCCCUGAACACCCUAUAACUCUGUGACCUCUGGUCCCAUGUCACCUCUGGCCAUGUCAUGUAACCCCGUCGUUCCGUAAUACCCUAUAACUGUGACCCAUAACCCCAUCUGACCCCAUAAACCCAUGUAACUCCAUAACCUCAUAUAACCCCAUAACUCUGUGACCCUGCAUGACCCUCACACGAUCUAUAACCCCAUAUCUUGACCUCAGUGUGGCCAUAUAACCAGCUUUGUUUGGGGUAAAGGUAAUUCCUCCAAGAUAUGAGUCUGCCCUAUAGCACCCCAUAGUUGCCCCAUAGAAGCCAUGAGGUGGGCACCAUGGGGUCUGAGCUGUGGGGUAAGGGGCUAUAAGAGCAGUUAUGGGACAGUUGCAAGAUACUUCUGGGGCAAGCAAAAUUUGUUUAUGGGGUAGCUGUAGGGUAGCUGUAAUGUCUGCUGUCACCCCAUAGGGAGCUGGGGGGUGAACUUCUGGGUUUUAGGGCAGUUACAGGACACCUGUAGGAGGGUUGUAGGGGCAGCUAUGGAGCAGACCCUCAUCUAGGAGGGGCUGAUGCUCCCCCACCUGCAGCAGUUGGAACUGCUGCUGACCAUGGGCUACAGACCCAUUGGGCUGUUAUAGGGUUGUUAUGGGGGCACUAUAGGGUUGUUAUGGGGUAGAUAUGGAGCAGACCUACACCGAGGAUGGGCUGAUAUUCCCCCUCAUGGAGCUGGUGAUAGAGCUGCUACUAAUAGUGAGCCAUAGGCAGUUACGGGGCCAUUGUACGUGGAUUAUGGGACAGCUCUGGGCAGUUGUGGGACAGCUUUGGGGCAGAAUGUUACCCAGCAAGGGCUGCUUCUCCCCUGCAUGCAGCUGGUGGUGGGACUGCUACUGAUUGUGAGACCCCAUAGCCCCCCCUGACCUCAUAUUGCCCCCUGAUUCUGUACAGCCAUACCAUGGUGCAACUGAGGAUCUGUGCCUUCCAGCCCCCCCCACUGGGGGGACCUAUGGGACCCACCAGGACUCCAUAGGACCCCCUAGGACUCCCAUAGCCACCUAUAGAGUCUCAUAAUGCCCUUUCCUAUAGACUUCCAUAACCCACCGAUAACUGCCCAUAGACCCCCCAGGACUAGUGUAGCUGCCCCAUACGUCCACAGUAUUCACCCCCAAGACCCUGAUAACUCCCUUCCCUCCCCCCAGAGCCCCUUAUUCCCCCAUACUGCUCCCUGACCUCCAUGUUGCCCCCCAGAUCCGUACAACUGCACCAUGGUGCAGCUGGGGAUCUGCACCUUCCAAUCCCACUAUGGGACUGCAUAUCUCCCCAUAGGAUCCCCAUAUCCCCCCCAGUACCCCAUUCUGUAGCUGCCCCUCAGCCCUGCAGCAGACCAUCUAGAAGCCCAUCCCUCCAGGUCCCCCAUAGCCCCCAUAUUUCCCCCCCAAGGCCCCUGUGGCUGCCCUGUAGCCCCUCAAGGACCCCCCUGGAAACCAAUAGACCUCCCCCAUAGCCACCCUAGCAGCUCACAGAGACCCAUAGACCCUGUAGGGCAUCCAGCCCCCAGCAGGGGGUUGGAGCUGGACGAUCUUUAAGGUCCCUUCCACCCCAAACACACAGCCCCGGCACAGCCCAUAGCCCAUCUGGUGGAAAGAACACAGCCACAGUGGGGAACGGGGAAUUUCCCAGGGCUGGGGACAAAAGGGUGGAUGAGGACUGCAGACACCCGCAUUGUGAAUAGGGCUGAGGCACCGGAGGAAAGUGUAUCUUUAAAAAGCGGAUUAUCUGGUUAAACAGAGGGCAGGGGGCUGGGCCAGGAGAUAAUGGGGUGUCUGUGACAGCUUUAUUAGGAAGUGCCUAACGUCGGAGCGAUUUCAUGGCGGGGCUCAGAGUGACGAGUGGCUCCGGGAGCGCUCCGGUGACGCUGUCAGAUGGGCUUAGGGACAACCGGCCCCUCUCUUUGCUGCAAGAGACAAAGGGAACAGCAGGGACCCGCAGCCCGCCGCCUGCCUUGAGUCCCUGCAGAGGGUGGGAUCUGCUCCCUUUGCCUUUUUUGCAGGUUUUCCUCACGCCAGCCCUUGCGUUGCCAUUUUCUUUGAGGAUGUAAUGCACGCAGGGCACCUAUGGGACUAUAGAUAUAUGGGUUGGAGGGACCUCAAAGAUCACGGAACCAUAGGGUGGUUAGAUUGGAAAGGACAUCAGAGACCCAAUCAGCUCACAUGGACUUAGGGUGGCAUUGACAGCCGCUCCAGUGCCCCAGGCAGCUCCUGUCAACUGGGCUCCCUGAAAGAAGGGGACAAGCCCUCGUGCCAGUGAAAGUAUUCCAUCCUUGGCCCCACUGCUUGGCUUCCCCUGGUGCCCUGACCUCUGUCCUUCACCAGCCCUGGCACUCAGAUCUGUGACUGUGGGGUCUGAGGUGACGUGCUGCCCCAUUCCUGGCCACGACCCCAAGCUGACUGUGGCACUGAUACUGCAUUGCCUCUCCAGAAUGCAUUGAACCACCAAAAAGGGAUCAGAAGCCACAUGUGCAGGGUCAGCUUCCCGUACACAGAUUUUGAUGCACGAGCCCCAGAUUGGCUAUUUUCCCCCAAACCUGCCGUUUCCCCCUGCCCACCCCACAGCCCUUCCCUUCCUGCGCCCAAAUCCCACCACCCUCACUUUCAACUUUUCCCCUCUCUCCUUCCCCCCCUCUGUAACAAAUCGCCAAAAAGAGGGACGAGAAGAGGCUCCAAUGACAGAUGGAGCUGCUGCUGUCAUCUCUCUUAACUGUCACCGAGAAAAUCACACGGCGGCCACUGAAAUUCAAAUUAGAGUUUCGCUGAAGCUGCUAAAACUCAUCAAAAGAUAUCUUUGAAGUCCACUGGCAGGCCGGUCAUUUCUUUUAAAUUAGUCCCUGUUGAAAAUGAAAUUGCAGGGAGUUGGUGUAUUAGCAUACGGGAGUGCGAGAGACAGCACAAUGCUGCCUUUCCGGGGAGCAGAGGCAGUUUGCUCCCGCACAAAGACCACGCUCUGAUUGCAUUAGGAUCAAUGAAAGGGUCAUUUCAAAGCUUCCCAUUAACGGGGCUGGGCUGAUGCUCAGGGGGAAGGCAGGGUUGUCCUCAUGUCCCCGUGCCCUCCAAGCCAACCUCCUGGCUGCGCAUUGCAAGCCUGUGUUAACGAGGAGCUGCCUCGUUAGUGGAGCUGGUUUGAUGAUGAUGAGGGAAGUCCAUCUUAGCUUGGCCAAGGAGCAGUGGCUGGCUGCAAUGGGGUGGUGGCCAGUGGCCCCAGGUAGAAUUGUAGCAUAGAAUCAUAGGAACAUCAUAGAGUCAUGGAAUGGUUUGAAUUGGAAGGGACCCUAAAGGCCAUCAGGUCCAACCCCCUUCAAUGAGCAGGGACACCCACAGCUCCAUCAGUGCUCAGAGCCCCUCCAGCCUGACCUUGGGUGCCUGCAGGGAUGGGGCACCAACCAAUGGAGAUGAAUGAGCAUCUCCUAUUAGUGAAUAUUUCCCAGUAUGGACAAAACUUGGUUGAUGUCCAGCUCCAGUUCAGCCCAACACAGGUAUCUGCCCAGGAAUGUUGGCCCUGAGGAUGAGUGCUGUCUUCUCUGUUAUUCAUCUCCCUUCUCCCUUCUCCCUUCCCUUUUCCCUUCUCCCUUCUCCCUUCCCUUUUCCCUUUUCCCUCCCCUCCCCUUCCCUUCCCCAUUGCAUGACACCAUUCUGCCCUCCCCAGGGAGCUGAGCACAGUGCUUUGCCCACUAAGGGCCCUCCCCCAGCCCCACCACCCAUGCCAGCAUGCCCAGUUUCCCCUGCCUGCCCCAAAUCUCUGCACAGCAGUUUUUCCACACCAGCUGUUAGUGGAUUGAGCGAUUCCAGUCAUAACUGAGCUGAUGAGGUGUGACUUUGAGUGGCAUCAUGUACACUCCUGCAUCGUCAUGCAUCGUGCCUUCAGGAUCUCACACAGCUCCAAGAGAGGUUCAGGGUGGGUCAGCAGCAGAAGCAUUUUCCCCAUGGUCUUGCCUGGCUCCUGGUGCUGGACUGCAUCUCCCAGCCUCGGUCCAACACCUGAGUUUUUGGAUGGGGUGGGGACCCUGAAACAGAACCUUCCAUCAGCAUUCCAUCAGCAAGCAGAAAGGUUUGGGCAUUGUGUCCCUGUGCAUCACAGGGGGUUGUGAUAUGGAGUGGAAGGAGGGAAUGGGAAUGUGUGUGCCAUGCAUGGACCCAGCAGACACGAUGGCCAAUGGGCAGCACACGCUGGGAGGUGAGGCUGCUCUGUUUCGAUCUGCUUGCUUUUACUGAGAUAAGAUCUCACUGGUGAGCUCAAAAUGAAGGAAAUCCAUCUAAAGCCUCAAUGGGAGACUGCAUGGCGUGGGGGCAUUGGUCAUCUCCUCAAGUGGUGACAAAGAGACAUUGGUGCCGUUAUGAUCUCUCAUGAUCCUGCUUACUGAGAUCAUGGGCCAUGUUGCUUCCCAUUGGAGUGUCUUCAUGUUGGAUGUCCUCAGUUCCAGGCAUCUUCUGGAGAGCUUCUCCUCACCCAGGGGUUUUAUGCCCUUGAAAUCCUCCUCUGCCAUGGGCUGUUGCUAGCAAAAAGCAGAAAAGGGAGAAAGCUGUAAAAUGAGGAACUGUGAGGGAGUUUUCCAUCUCAGAGUACUGGGAAAUGUACCAGAAGUGGAACCAAUGCUUAUCUGUCAGUCAUACAAUCAGACUUUAAAUCUCCUGUCUUUUAGCUUAAAACCAUUUCUGUCAAAGCACAGCCCAGCUCUAAAGGAAGAGAUCCUGAACUUUUGCUUUCUGACAACAUCCAGAGCGGUCACUUUCAAAAUGUGGAGACUUAUGAAUCCAUAUUUGUUUUUCAAAGAGGCGUGUUGUCCAAGCCAGCCAUUUCAUACUGACAGCUUUGAGAUCAGCAGUGUUUCCUAUGAAAAAAUUCAUUGUGGCCUCAUCCAUCCUCCACCGUCCAUCCAUCCAUCCACCACCCAUCCACCCAUCCAUUUAUCCACCCACCACCCAUCCUCCAAUAGCCUUCAUGCCAUGGAAUACCUCGAAGCUCACCCGGAUCUCCAGUUACACGAUCAUCUUCUUCUUCUCCCACCUCCUCAGCCAUCCUUCUGUUCUGCUGUAGUAUGGCAGGCAUUGCUGAGUGCAAGUCCAACCCCAAACCCUGCUGUCCUUGCUAGGGAUGGAGGGCUUGUUGGCCUUUGGUAUGGCCAACAUGUGCGCAGACUGCUAAUGCCAGAAUCCCUUCCCAUGAAUCCAUCCCUCAAGCAGUGACGGGGCCAAUCGAUAUGGGGGCUGCUCUUUAGCAUUCCCUGGCAGGGAGCAGCAGCCCUCCCGGUGCUAUCUGCCAGGCAGGCAGCUACUUGUCUGCAGGAUGGAUGAGGGGACAGAUUGAAAAUGGGUGGCUCUUCCACCUACACAUGCAGACUGCUGCCAUGGCCACGGCAGGGCAGGCUGCAAAUGAAUGGGGACAAGGAGCAGAGAAUGGCUUUCAUACUGUGAGUGUGUGCAGGUUUGUACUCAUGUCUGUGCAACCUGGGGGUGUGCUGGAGGGUAACAUGGCCCCCG